CAGACCCGGCGCAGAUUCCCAGUGCGAGUGAGAAGCAUGGGGCGCCUCAGUCACACUAUUCCACCACGGCCCACCGUCCACGGGGUGUACCAAGGGUGCGAACCAAGGCCGUGCCCACGUUUCUUGCUUCCCGUUACCCAAAGCCGUCUCCAGCAAUGGGCCGACCACGUCUUGCUGUCGGGACCCUUUGGAGACUGCCGCGCCGGCACAGUGCUUCCGGUCCACGUACAACUAACCAACCCCCGUAACGGCACUACCUCCUCGCUGCAGGCAAUCCCAGAAGGUGUGAGGGGGUGAGAGGGUGCCCUGUCGAUUCGAAGAACCGUCGGGUGGUUCUCAGCCUAAUUUCCCUUUCUUUUAAACCGUAUUGUCUAGCCUUCCGGGGAAGGACGCCUGCCUUUCCGGCUGGCAAAGUUUUUUUUUUUUUUUUUUUUGUGCCACGCUGGCUCGCAUCGCGAGAUUGGGCCUUGUCUUGUGCGCCUCUAUGCGGGUGGCGCGCCGAGCCGCCGAUCGGACUCUUCCUUCACCGCGAUCAGUGGAAAACUCGUCAAAGGGGAGAUCUGUCGAUUAUACAUGGGUGUUGCGAGGAAAGGCGUUCCGUGUAGUGACGGUGCUUAGGGCGACAGGUUGAAGAGUUUUUCGUGUGUGCGCGCC